GUCAUUAAAAUGCCUCACUUCCAUUAUAUAUUCGCUAGUUACGAUAUAGUUUAAUUUCAGAAUUACUGCAAGUAGUUGCACAAAGCUAUUGUAUUAUAAUUUUAAAUUUCACUUGGAAAUAUUUAUAAUUUUUAAUAAAUAAGAAAAACAAAAUGAAUAUUAUUAUAUUUUCAUUUUUCAUUUUUUUCUAUCAGAAUCUUCUUAAUAGUGUACAAGCAGCUAAUCCGUUUUCUGCGGCAAUAUAUGAGAAACCAACACAUCCAAAUCCACGAUGCAAUACACCCCCUAGUGACCUCCGCACCGGUCGACAUCAGAAUUUUCGAGAGGACAACGAUGAACACACAUUUUAUAAAUACUUGCAAGAUGAAAAUAAAUGCGAGGACUUCUUAUCACAAGAGAUGCCAGAAACGUAUGGAUUCAACACGUAUAUUGAAUGUAGACUUAAUUGCAUGUCAUAUAUUGGAAUUAUCGAUAACGAAAUACAUGAUGCAUAAAAUGGUGGUCUCUUACCUGCAUCAAAGUCAUGGGUUGAAUAUUUUGAGGAGGCAUCUGA